GCUCGUCCUGCUCCUGCUGCCUCCUCUCGCCGCCUCGUCCUGGCCCCGCGCCUGGGGGGCUGCUGCACCCAGCGCUCCACACUGGAAUGAAACUGCAGGAAAAAAAUUGGGAGUCCUGGCAAAUGAAGACAACACAUUGCAACAGAAUAGCAGCAGUAAUACCAGUUACAGCAAUGCUAUGCAGAAAGAAAUCACACUGCCUUCAAGACUGGUAUAUUACAUCAACCAAGACUCCGAAAGCCCUUACCAUGUUCUUGACACAAAGGCAAGGCACCAGCAAAAACAUAACAAGGCUGUCCAUCUGGCCCAGGCAAGCUUCCAGAUUCAAGCCUUUGGCUCCAGGUUUAUUCUUGACCUCACACUGAACAAUGGUUUGCUGUCUUCUGAUUAUGUGGAGAUUCACUAUGAAAAUGGGAAACCACAGUACUCUAAGGGUGGAGAGCACUGUUACUACCAUGGAAGCAUCCGAGGUGUCAAGGACUCCAGGGCAGCUCUGUCAACCUGCAAUGGACUUCAUGGUAUGUUUGAAGAUGAUACCUAUGUGUACAUGAUUGAACCACUGGAGCUGAUUCAUGAUGAGAAAAGCACAGGUCGACCACACAUAAUCCAGAAAACAUUGGCGGGACAAUAUUCUAAGCAAAUGAAGAAUCUCAGUGUGGAAAGCAGUGAUCAGUGGCCCUUUCUGUCGGAAUUACAGUGGUUGAAAAGGAGAAGAAAGAGAGCAGUGAAUCCAUCACGUGGUGUGUUUGAAGAAAUGAAAUAUUUGGAACUUAUGAUUGUUAAUGAUCACAAAACGUAUAAGAAGCAUCGCUCUUCUCAUGCACACACCAACAACUUUGCAAAGUCUGUGGUCAACCUUGUGGAUUCUAUUUACAAGGAGCAGCUCAAUACCAGGGUUGUCCUGGUGGCUGUAGAGACCUGGACUGAGAAGGAUCAUAUUGACAUCACCACCAACCUUGUGCAGAUGCUCCAUGAAUUCUCCAGAUACCGGCAGCGUAUCAAGCAGCAUGCGGAUGCUGUGCAUCUCAUCUCGCGCGUGACAUUCCACUAUAAGAGAAGCAGUCUGAGUUACUUUGGAGGUGUCUGUUCUCGCACAAGGGGAGUUGGUGUGAAUGAGUAUGGUGUUCCAAUGGCAGUGGCACAAGUAUUAUCGCAGAGCCUGGCUCAAAACCUUGGAAUCCAAUGGGAACCUUCGAGCAGGAAGCCAAAAUGUGACUGCACAGAAUCCUGGGGUGGCUGCAUAAUGGAAGAAACAGGGGUAUCCCAUUCCCGAAAGUUCUCAAAGUGCAGCAUUUUGGAAUAUAGAGACUUUUUACAGAGAGGGGGAGGAGCCUGUCUUUUCAACAGGCCAACAAAGUUAUUUGAGCCCACAGAAUGUGGAAAUGGAUAUGUAGAAGCUGGGGAGGAAUGUGAUUGUGGUUUCCAUGUGGAAUGCUAUGGGUUGUGCUGUAAGAAAUGCUCUCUCUCCAAUGGGGCCCACUGCAGCGAUGGGCCCUGCUGUAACAACACCUCCUGUCUGUUUCAGCCAAGAGGAUAUGAAUGUCGGGAUGCUGUGAAUGGGUGUGAUAUUACCGAAUAUUGUACUGGGGACUCUGGCCAGUGCCCACCAAAUCUUCACAAGCAAGAUGGAUAUGCAUGCAAUCAAAAUCAGGGCCGCUGCUACAGUGGGGAGUGCAAGACCCGGGAUAACCAGUGUCAGUACAUCUGGGGAACAAAGGCUUCAGGUUCUGACAAGUUCUGCUACGAAAAGCUAAACACAGAAGGCACGGAGAAGGGAAACUGUGGGAAGGAUGGAGACCGAUGGAUUCAGUGCAGCAAACAUGAUGUGUUCUGUGGAUUUUUACUCUGUACCAAUCUUACUCGAGCUCCACGUAUUGGUCAACUUCAGGGAGAGAUCAUCCCAACUUCCUUCUAUCAUCAAGGCCGGGUGAUUGACUGCAGUGGUGCUCAUGUGGUGUUAGAUGAUGACACGGAUGUGGGCUACGUGGAAGAUGGAACGCCCUGUGGCCCAUCCAUGAUGUGUUUGGAUCGGAAGUGCCUACAGAUUCAGGCCCUGAAUAUGAGCAGCUGCCCACUCGAUUCCAAGGGUAAAGUCUGUUCGGGCCAUGGGGUGUGUAGUAAUGAAGCCACCUGCAUCUGUGACUUCACCUGGGCAGGAACAGACUGCAGUAUCCGGGAUCCGGUUAGGAACCUUCCUUCCUCCAAGGAUGAAGGACCCAAGGGUCCUAGUGCCACCAAUCUCAUAAUAGGCUCCAUCGCUGGUGCCAUCCUGGUAGCAGCUAUUGUCCUUGGGGGCACAGGAUGGGGAUUUAAAAAUGUCAAGAAGAGGAGGUUCGAUCCUAGUCAGCAAGGCCCCAUCUGAAUGGGCUGUGCCAGAGGAACGGUGCCUCGCACUGUCGGAUUCCGGAUGUGACACUUUCAGCGAUGUUGCCAGAACUCUUAAGCCUGUAAACAAGAACACUGGGUGGUCAUGACUGCAAACUCAAGUUGGGGUGCCAGGGAUGAGAUCAAAGAAAAACUAUCCUUUUGGGAAAUCAUUUCAAAGAACUCCUCCCACCACCUGUCAAUGAAAGGGGGGCAAAAGACCAUGUUAUAAAAAGAACUCUUUCAGAAUCUUUUUUUUUUCUAACGAAAGGAAGAAGGAACAACAACAACAAAAAUUAAGUGCAAUAAAAGAACCGUUAAAAAUAGCAAAUGAUUUUUUUUUCUUCUUCAGCCUGCUGGCACUUAGUAUCUUCUAAACGAUCUGGCAUGAUUUUUUUUCUUUUCCUACCAAUGACACACUCCAGUGGCAUGAAGAUCUAAUUUUCGAAAGGUGAAACCUGCAUGGCCUCUCUAAAACAAGCAGCUAGCAGCCAAUCCGCAGCCAACCCUGCCGCUGGGUCCCCGAGGCGAGAGGCUGGCGAGCACGGGGAAGGUGCCCGCCCCCCAGUCCGGACCAGGCCACGAGCUCCGGAGCCCGCUCCCGUCGGUCCCCUGUCCCACUGUCUCCCCCCCGACGAGCAGCCUUUGGACACGGGAGCUGGGAUCUGAGCGGGGAUGCUGCUGUACAGCUCUUUUAUAAAUGUAAAUAUGGAAAUAAGGGGUUUCGACACAUUGUACUCACCUGUCUGUACCGAAAUAUUUUUCUUGUAAAGGUUCUCUGUAAAUUUGAGUCUCUUGUUUGCUCCCGUCUUUUUGGUUCUUUUUUUCUAUUUCUUUGUCUCUGUCCUACUCUCUUGUAACAUGUUGUACAGUGACUGUUGGGCUUGCUUAAAAAAAAAAGACAGAUGUAGCCACAGAUGCAGGGAGUUUGGGCACAAAACAGGUGCCAUUUAAGAAUGAAAUGCUCGAGUGAAAUGCAGGGCUUUGAAACCAAAAAUAAACAAACGACGGGGGGACACGGAACGACAAAAGAACCCAUAUUAGAAACAAAAACUAUGUAAAGGCAAAUACAUGUACCGACAAGUCUCUAAAAUGUUUUGUCGUCAUUAUAAACGUAUGUAUAUAAUGUAAGGAAGCAGACACCCUCUCAAGUUAAUCACAAAAGUGCCAAGCUCAUGAUGUUAGUGUUUGGUUUUGACAAUUUUUUCCCUGUCUUCAAUGUGAAAGGAGGGUCAACUUAAAGCCUUAAAUUAAAAAAAAAAUACUUUCUCAGUGUUGAAAGCUUGGAACAGAAAGCAGCUUUCCAUUUUUUUCAUCUGUGCUCCUGUCCGCAUUCCAUCCCUGCUCUGUCGCCCUGCCUCACGCGGUGGCCCGCUGCGCCGGGAGCGGGGGGAGCUGCGGGCCCUUCCUGCGCGGCUCGCAUGGGCCUGACCGCUGCGGGCUGUGUUGUCAGCGGGCCUCGAGCCUCGUCUGCCCAGGGCACGCAGCUGGUGUGUGGAUGGCUGUUACAGCAGGGUUCUGCUAUGUACGAAUUCCCCCUUUUUCCUCCAGGCAGAUUUGCAGAUGUAAUCUGGGUUCCCAAGUCCCUCAGAUUUUAGGUCACUGUCACUGAGGCUGCUUCUUCCACAAAUAUGCUCAUGAUCGCUUCAAGUAUAUAAUCAAGUAUUAAUUAUAUACGUUAAUAAAGAAAUUUGGUCCUGGCUUUGUUUUGAAUGUAAAACUUGUACAUGGUCCAUUCAGUGAGCGUCCAUCUAGAGACGAAUUUUCCUGAAGGCCCCCAAAUGCCCACACCUCUCUAAAGUCUUCCUGUUAGGAACAGGACAUCAGUUAUCCUAUGACUUCAUGACAGCCAAACCAGUUAGCUUUAAGUCCUUUUCCAGCACAAUUCAUGACACUAGUCCCACAACUUUGGCUAUGACUUUGGAAAUGAUUAUGUCCUCAAAAUGUGCUCUUAAAACAGUGCAGUUUUUCUCAUCUAUUUUUAAUCGUGGAAGUAUCAGUCAUAGAGCAGAAACCUUAAUUUCUAUAUGCUACAAUAGACCAUAACCUAACAUCUUAACCCUGCUGUUGCUUUCCGAGUACUAGGUGCUACACAGGUGUGCAGUCUUUCUCUCGAGCUAGCUGUACGUGUAUUUUGUGGUGACAGGGUUCUCUGCAGGGUGUACCAGCCCUGUUCUGGGCUUCGUAAGACACAGGUUGUAUGUAUCCCUUCCCUCGUGGCAAUGGCUCUUGACCUCCAAAAAACUCAGAUUACUUGGCAUCUCUUCCUGUCACUGCAUUGUUUCUGUCUCUGUUGCUGGAUCCUACUCACUAGUGGACUCCAAGCCACUGCUGAGAACACCAUGUACAUUUCACUGCUCUUCCAGAGGCACCACGGUGACUUAAUAGAAACAAAACCAUGGUGGUUACAAAACAAGUUAAAUCUUUAUUGUUAACUUUUGAGCAUUUCACAAACGACAUUGUAAAUGUGCGAUGUUAUGUUUUAAAUCAGACCACAGUGGUCCCCAAAUAUUAUGUACAUAUGGCAAAUGUCAGGGUAACUUUUUGUUACCCUGGCAGUUUCAUAGGUAACCAAACCUAUGCUCCAAUGUUAAAUUAUUUGUGUGUAUAUGUAAAAUACACAAGCUUUAAGCUCUGUGUGUAUGACUAUGGAAGAUUAUGCAACCAUACCAGUCGUAAACAGUGGAUUAUAAUUAUUUUUGAUGGUAUUAGGUUACGUAGUUUCAAACUCUGCUGUGUUUUCUCUUGCAUAUGCCAUUCAUUUGCUGAUUUUUGUGGUGUGAUUAAUGCUUUUUUUAUUAAUUUGAGCUCAAAGCACAAGCAUAUCACUGUUUAAUGUUACCCAACAAGAGUUAGUGUUAAGUAAUGACAAGUUCCCAUCUCACCUGCUAUACGUUUGCUGCAUUGAUGAACAGCACAUGGAUGAGAUGUAUGCCUACUUCAUUGCUCACCUGGGACACUGCAUGAGCCCACUGAAUUAGAGCUACUCCUAUUAGAUAAAUGAGCAGUAGAUAAAUGAGCACAUAGGUGCAUGUUAUGAAACAUGAAUCACGUAGAGCUGUGGAGUUUUACCAAGUGGUAUGUGUGUUUUUGGUUCUCUUUUUUGUUUGUUUCUUUCUUUUACUAUGCAAAGAUUGGAAAUGCACAAACUUUUCAAAGACUAGUGUCUGAAGAACUUUACAAACAAUACUUGAACUCUUUCUUUAAAAUCAUCCAUCGUAUUUUAUAGUCGUUCCUCCCAUCGUUUGAUUUUCAUUUUUAAAUGGCUUGUAAUUUUUAAGUGCACAACAUGGAGUUUUGUUUGAAGUUAAUAAAUUCAUUCAUAACUUUGUGGGCUGCCUAUGAAUGGAGAUUCAGUACUCAUUGUAUGCAUCUUUUAGUCAAGUCUGUAUUAAAACUUUUGUUAACAUAAA